GGUGGAGGAUGGGAGGAGAAUGGAGCUCUCCGGGCUCCUCAAUGAGAUCAGGGCCAAAUAUGAAAGGCUCAUCACCAGAAAUCAGAUAAAGACCAUCAUCUCAGCAAGGAUCCAGGUAAUGACUGCGUACAGACAAACACCUUCCAGAGUAAGGAGACAACCCCUGUCCAUACAGUUCCUCCCUCAGCCUCUAUGAGCUAGAAGAAGCUACAAUUAAAAGAAUGGACGAAGAUGCAGAAGCAUUAAAGGCAGCCAGAGCAGAACUUUGUGAAGCGAGACGGCAGUGGCACCACAUGCAGAUAGAAAUCGAAUCUCUUCACGCUGUGGAAAAGGGUUUGGAACGUUCCUUGCGUGCCACAGAGCAGCAGUACCACAUGCAACUACAAACUUUAGAAGCUGAGAUUGAAUGCUUGGAGAAAGAGCUGCUGGAAGUGAGAAGAGGUAUUGAGAAACAGCUUCAAGAACAUGAAAUCCUCCUGAACACCAGGAUGAAGCUGGAGGAGGAGAUAGCAACCUAUCGCAGUCUGCUUGAGCAAGAAGAGAACAGGUUCCGUUGCUCUCUACCUGACCAGAAGGAUGACAAGAAGCCGACCACUAGCAAGAUUGCCUUUACCCUGCCAUCAGAGAGUGUAAAGAAGCAAGAAAAUGAGAAGGUGGAGCUGACGACAAAACAAGCAAUCCUAGAUGGAAAUAUUACGAAGGAAAGUGCUGAAGCUCAUGGCACUGUACAGACAGAAAAAGUGGAUGAGGUUAUUAAAGAAUGGGAAGGUUCUUUCUUUAAGGACAACCCUCGCUUAAGGAAAAAAUCCGUUUCAUUGCGCUUUGACCUCCAUCUGGCAGCAACGGAUGAAGGAUGCCUACACACUAAAAAGAAAACCCUUCCCGACAUUGAAGUCAGGCUGGUAAUGAGGAGAUCUUGCAGUAUUCCUUCUAUCAAACCUUAACCUACAGCAAAUUAACCCAACGUUCAGCUCCAACAGGCUCUGGAAAUAAUCCUGGAUGGAUUUACACGGCCUCCUAUCCUGCUACAGCUAUGAAAUCUUACUGAGUACUUUGAUUAACACAAUAAAAACAUACAAGUCUUUUAAAAGAAAGGGAGAAGAGCAAGGGAGUUAAGAUUCCAGGAAACCUAACUUCUACUAGUUUUAUACUCUGGGUGCAGCCCUUUUAUUUUCUCAUUGUUGUUGUCGUUUCGUAGAAUUUCACCAAUUACAAAAAUUAAACAAUAACUUUAUACUUUUGACAUAUUUUGCCUUUAUAAAAAAGAAUUUGCUUUCUCUUUCUAGAAAUGAGAAAUUCAUAUUCCAUUCUCUUAAUUAUUCAGUAGUGCAUACACAUAACAACUGAUGAAUCCUUGUAACAAUUUAUGUUAGAACCGUGAUACUUCUCGAAAUAUAUUUUAAAAUAAUACUUUCUAGCAGCAAAAAUGUUAUACAAAGACGCUCUUAACACUCAUAAAAUAUCAACAAAUUAUUUUCUUUUAAAAGCGGCUGGUAUUUUUAAAUUAAUUUUUUAGGCAACAACUGAGCAAAAAUGUCUUUCCCUUACAUAACUGUACGCACAUUCUUAAAAGUGUUAUUACAAUAAGACUUCAGCCAUAUUAUUCCACUGAUUCUGAAGCAUUAAUUUCCAGUGAAAAUCAAUCAUUCCUUUAUGUGUCCACAUGUACCUGUACGACAGCUGAAUCAGCCAUAGCAAGAAGAAUUAUACUCUUUAACUGUUCAAAUGUAUGGAGUCAAACAACAGUUUUAAUGUUGCUACUUCAACAAAUUCCUUUUCUGACAAAUAUUAAAGGAAGGUUCUGAUCUUGAUCUGACACACACAAGUCACUAUUGUGCAGAGUACAACUAUCAUAGUUUAAAGUUAAAUGGACAAAAUAAGGGCUACAUAUUCCAAGUAAAAUUCUACCAUAAGUAUCCCCCUCUACUGCUCCAGGUAGCUUUGGGCAAAGUACAGUAGAUGAUCUUGUAUCUGUACACAGAAAAAACAGAAUACAAACUCAGAAAUACUCCUUUAUAACAUUAUGAGAACAAUUUCAAACAAAAACUCCAACAAAAUAAGAUAGGAAUGAUUGUUUAUGAGGCUUUUUUAAGAGGAUUGUAGAUGUCACAAACUCUGACCGAAAUCACUGGGAUCGCAGGGGCUCAGGUUCUAGAAGAACCACAUACUGUGGAUUUACAGCAGCAUGUAAAAGAUUAAUUUAAGUGUCGGUAUUUGCCUUAUUACUUAUGGCAUGUGAUACAAAAACUGAUCCUACAAAUUCUGCCACUGUUAAGUUACGCUUCUAUCUUUUGUUAAUGGUAAGAACAAUGCAUUUAUAUCGCCCACAGUACUGUAUCUACUGUAUGAAGCUGGGUAAUUAUCAUUAACCUUGAUACUGAUCUGGUGUUGUUAAUACUUGAGUAUUUGGCAUCCUGAAUGUAUUAGCCUGCUCUAGUAUUUUCACUAUGCAGCUUUCCUUUAUGCUUAUACACUGUACAUUUUACAAUACUUGAAUUUAAACUAAGUUUCAAUUGCUUUAAGGCACUUUAAACAGGGAUAUGAAUUUACCAAAGUA